CACGAUGACUACUGCUGCAAGACCAACAUUUGAACCCGCCAGAGGAGGGCGAGGAAAAGGAGAAGGAGAUUUGAGUGCACUGUCAAAGCAAUAUUCAAGUCGAGAUCUUCCCGGUCACACAAAGAUCAAGUAUAGGCAACCAACUCAGGAUGCUCCUGAGGAGGUGCGUGCCCGUGACUUCCGCAGGGAGUUGGAGGAGAGGGAGCGUGUAGCUGUGCGUGAAAAGACAAGAGAGAGGGGACCAAGAGAGCACACCACAUCCUCUUCCUCAUCCUCCUCGUCUUCAAAGAGACCCAGACUGGAUCAAAUUCCAGCAGCUAAUCUCGAUGCGGACGAUCCCCUUACCGAGGAUGACGAGGAUGACAACUCUGAGGACGAUAGCGAUGAUGAUGACACCGCAGCACUUCUCGCAGAACUGGAGAAGAUUAAGAAAGAGCGAGCUGAAGAACAAGAACGCAGGGACCGGGAGCAAAAAGCAGAGGAGGAGAGGAUCCGAAUGGAGAAUAUAUUAAGUGGCAAUCCAUUGAUUAAUUUGGCAGGACAGCAGCAGCAGCAGCAACAACAACAACAACAGCAGCAACAACAACAAAUCGCUCUGGCUCAGAACACAUUCAAGGUCAAGAGAAGGUGGGAUGAUGAUGUGGUGUUUAAGAACUGCGCAAAAGGACUGGACAAAGCACGCAAAGAGAAACGCUUCAUCAAUGAUACGCUGCGCUCUGAGUUUCACAAGAAAUUUAUGGAAAAAUAUGUCAAGUAGACUGUGAAGUGUAUUCCUGUGGUUUCUUUUUUUAGUUUACAGUAGUUACCCUCUGUAGCAAGGAUGAUCUGUUGUCAUUGAAAUAAAAUUUCUUACAUAAAUUUGUUUGAACAGCAACUUUAAUCUUGUAUAUAAAUGUGAGCGCCAUAAUUAAAGAUCGUAAAACAUACAA